UUACCAGUUUCGAAACUCCUCCACAAAAGAUUUACAACAACAAAACAACAAGGCUCAGACUCAGAGAACUUGCUGUGUUGUUCAUUGUUCACUUCCUGUGUCCCGUUGCCCAUUACACAGCUCUUGCUCUUUGAAAUUUUUGAUGAAUGCUUCAGUUCCUGAAAUAUUUUUACUUCCUUACUGGUUAAAGGAGUAUACAUUGACUGUGGCAGAAGGUUGAAGAGACAAAUGGGACACCAUGGCAUCUGGUCAGCGGACAGACUUUUCAUCCCAAGUUGAAGCUGCCAUCAUAAAUAAUCAGGCUGAUGUUCUUGAAAACCUCCUACAACAGGCUGAUGUCAACAUGUGCCUGAACAAUCGUAGGGACUCGCCUUUGUUUCUUGCUGUGAAGCUGAGUCGCAGGGCUGUAGUAAGAACCUUGCUGUCUUCCCCUGGCUGUGACCUUGGCCAUCAAAACAUCAACUACUAUUCUCCCCUGGAUUUGGCACUUGUCAUGGUGUAUGACAACCAAAAAGAGCCGAGACAGAGUGCAUGCUGGGAUAUACUCGAGCUUCUUUUAGAAGCUGGAGCAGAGCCAGCUUGUCCCGAUGCAAUGCUGUAUGUGGUUCGAACAGCGCUUAAGUUGAAUGAUGACCAGUUCAUACUACGUCUUAUCUGCACCCUUAUUGACUGCUCCACCUCCCUAGACAUGCACACAUUGCUUCUGGUCAAGCUCCACCGCAACCAGCCCUUGUAUUCUGGCUCAAACAGUGAUGAGUUCCUUCUCCGUGCAUCGGACUUCACCAUGAAACUUAUUAAAGCUCAUCACAAAGAUGCUUUGUCACGCAUCAUCUCUUGUUUCCCGUACUAUUUCGACUCACACUGGGAGUCGAGAGAGGGAAAGGAGAGUCUUUUUAUCAAACUUGUCGUCUACGUCACUAUUUUCGGCUGGAAGUGGAAAGAUCAGGCCGAUCUGAGCUACAUGGCUCGGGUGAGCCCUGACCUAGCACAGUGGUGCUAUCAGCUGCCGCGGGCUGUUCCUUCCCUAACCCAUGCAUGCCGCCUCGCCCUUUCCAGCAGCCCUUAUUCCCGCCAGUUCAUCAUUCCAUCUAGGAUUCCACACAUCCUGUUGAACUACUUAAAUUUCUCAGAUAUAGACUCACUGUUACCAUUUAAGCCUAGUUUUGACUUCAGCAGUAUCCAACUAUAACUAAAAGGUGUGGGAAUGACAAACUAUCUUUAGAGUAAAAAUAGAAAUAUGUGUGGGGCGGGUUAUAAACACUUAUAAAGCUGCUGGGUUAGAUCUUAAAAAACUGUUGUCUCUCAAUUUCCAUAAAAAAUCUUAUGUAGAAACCUGUUCGAAAAAAAAAACAACCCCAGAUUAUUUCACUAAAGGAGAAUGUGUGCUCAAUUUUAUGGAAUUUUACCUUGAAUUCUAUAUGCAUCAAUGUAUAAAUACCGAAGCUAAUUAAUCAAUACCAGAAAACUGUUGCUUUGAUCUUCUUCAUCCUUGAAUUUUUGAAACUGUGAUUCCGUCCUUUUAGACAAAGGAAUUAGCUCAGGAGAGUGACAUACCAUUUUUUGUUCUGGCUUUAAACAAUGUUACUACAAUUUUAUCCUUGAAAUUUUGUUAUCUAAUUAGUUGAUUAGGCUAAAUUUGAUUGUUUAAAGCUGUCAAUUUAGCAAUCUAAAUCAGAUCAGUCUAUGAAGCCACAAAAAUAUAGAAUGCUUUUAAGGUCUCAUCUGUGCGCAAGUCCGCUAUACAUGUUAAAAAGACUUAUCCGAAAUAUUUAUUGUUUACUUUUUUCUUUUUAUUCUUAUAUUUUCAAUACCUCUGUGCACACUUUUGCCUAACAUUUUGUUUUGA